GAGGGCGGCGCGGGCGGAGCGAGCGGCGAGCGGGCUGCCGAGCCGCCCGUGCACGCGACGGGGUUGGCGGUGGCCCGAGCGGCGGGAGCCGGCGCGGUUCCGCAUUCGCCGUGGGUGAUGCAGCUGCCCUGCCGCGAGGCUCUGCUCGCUGCCAGCUGACAGCACCCGGGCCGGGAGCCGCCUCGGGGCCGUGACCUUGGCGCGGAGGGCAGACUGGUAAUUCUUGCGUCUGAGAGUGGAGCAAGUGUGCGGUGACAUGGCCCAGGGGAAUAAUUAUGGGCAGACCAGCAACGGGGUGGCAGAUGAAUCACCGAACAUGCUGGUGUACAGAAAGAUGGAAGAUGUCAUAGCACGCAUGCAAGAUGAAAAAAAUGGGAUUCCUAUUCGUACUGUCAAAAGCUUUCUUUCCAAGAUACCGAGCGUCUUCUCUGGGUCAGACAUUGUUCAGUGGUUAAUAAAGAACUUAACUAUAGAAGACCCAGUGGAGGCGCUCCACUUGGGAACAUUGAUGGCUGCCCAUGGCUACUUCUUUCCAAUCUCAGAUCAUGUCCUCACACUGAAGGAUGAUGGCACCUUUUACCGGUUUCAAACACCCUAUUUUUGGCCAUCAAAUUGUUGGGAGCCGGAAAACACAGACUAUGCGGUUUACCUGUGUAAGAGAACAAUGCAAAACAAGGCCAGGCUGGAGCUGGCAGACUACGAAGCUGAGAGCCUGGCCAGGCUGCAGAGAGCCUUUGCCCGGAAGUGGGAGUUCAUUUUCAUGCAAGCAGAAGCACAAGCUAAAGUGGACAAGAAGAGGGACAAGAUCGAAAGGAAGAUCCUUGACAGCCAAGAGAGGGCGUUCUGGGACGUUCACAGGCCUGUGCCUGGAUGUGUAAAUACCACUGAAGUGGACAUUAAGAAGUCAUCCAGAAUGAGAAACCCACACAAAACACGGAAGUCAGUCUAUGGUUUACAAAAUGAUAUUAGAAGUCACAGCCCCACCCACACAUCCACACCAGAAACUAAACCUCCAACAGAAGAUGAGUUACAACAACAGAUAAAAUAUUGGCAAAUACAGUUAGAUAGACAUCGAUUAAAAAUGUCGAAAGUUGCUGACAGUCUGCUAAGUUACACGGAACAGUAUUUAGAAUAUGACCCAUUUCUUGUGCCACCUGACCCUUCUAAUCCAUGGCUGUCUGAUGAUACUGCUUUCUGGGAACUCGAAGCAAGCAAAGAACCAAGCCAGCAGAGGGUAAAGCGAUGGGGUUUUGGCAUGGAUGAAGCACUGAAAGAUCCAGUUGGGAGAGAACAGUUCCUUAAAUUUCUAGAGUCAGAAUUCAGCUCAGAAAACUUAAGAUUCUGGUUGGCCGUGGAGGACCUGAAGAAAAGGCCUAUUAGAGAAGUCCCCUCCCGAGUUCAGGAAAUAUGGCAGGAAUUUCUGGCUCCAGGAGCCCCCAGUGCCAUUAACUUGGAUUCUAAGAGCUACGACAAAACCACGCAGAAUGUGAAGGAGCCUGGACGAUAUACAUUUGAGGAUGCUCAGGAGCACAUUUACAAAUUGAUGAAAAGUGAUUCAUACCCACGUUUUAUAAGAUCCAGUGCCUAUCAGGAACUUCUACAGGCAAAGAAAAAGGGCAGAAACAUCCCUAUUUUCCCAUGCCAUAAAAACUGUACACCAACACUGAGGGCCAGCACUAACCUGUUAUGAAAAGAGGGGAAAUCUCUCACAUCAAAGAGGUUAACAAGCCUCGUUCAGUCUUACUAAAAGGAUCAUCUUGUGGCAUGGAUGCAGCCUGGAGUCGUUGGGUAUAACUUUGUAGCUCUUUGUUGUUAACCUGGAGCAGAGGACAUUAGACCAAGAUGUUGCAUGAGCAGAGGAACUGAAUGGUUCUUUCUUUGUGUACAUUAAGGCAUUGCCAUCUCCAAGGAACUCUACCAUCUCAAUGCCUCCAUUUCAAAAUGUUGUCUGCUUACACCCUCCUUGUACUGAGCUGGAUCUGUGUCUUUUCCUUUUUAACAAGUUCAAGUGAAGUAAACUAUUUUUUUCCCCCUUUCUCUCUCUCUUAAAUUUUCUGCUAGACACACAGUUCACUUAAAAUUCAGUCAAUCACAAACUGGAAGAAUUGUAAAAGGAAAAAAGCAUAUAUCAAUAAGUAUACAUAUGGCUUCACAUUUAUUAAACAAUAAAUUAGCACAGAAAGUUUCAUCUCACCAAUGUGUUCACAGUCAGAAACAAGCUCAUGUCUUUGUCUGCUGUCUAUACAUUCUCAGUUAAUGUUUCUUGCAUUUAUUUUUAUACCAUAUUUAAAUAAGAAACACCUUUUACUCCAAAUGUAUUAAAGUUGAUCCCUUCUCUGUAAAUUUGUGUAUGUUUAUAUUGUUGUUUUAUCUUUCAUUAAAAGAUGCAGAAUCUC